AUGGGUCGAGUCAUCCUCUCUGUCAACGCCGGCAGCUCGUCUGUCAAGGUGAACGUCUACCAUCUCAAGAACCCGCCGGUCGAAGUUGCAGCAGCCAGUGUGAGCGGCCUGACAGCGCCGCCGAGCGUCUUCAAGUACGAACAUGGCUCAAAUCACCAGAAGCACGAGACCGAGGAGGAGAUCAGGAGCCCGCAGGAUGCGUUCAAGUACAUUCUCAAGAGGCUUCUGCAUGACCAGGAGCUGCAGGUCGUCAGCAGCAACUCUGACUACGCUUAUGUUUGCCACAGAGUAGUCCACGGAGGAGACCUAGAAGAGGAGGUUGUCAUACAUGAAAGGACGUUCAGCUAUCUCGAGACGCUGCAAGACCUGGCUCCGCUACACAAUACAUCUGCGCUGGAAAUCAUCAAGACAUGUCUGCAGGAGGUUCCGUCUGCAAAGUCAGUGGCAUAUUUUGAUACCACAUUUCACCAAUGUCUGCCGGAUUAUAUCAAGACAUACCCUAUAGACCCGGAGGUGGCUAAAUUGAAGAUGUUGAGGAAAUACGGCUUCCAUGGAAUCAGCUUCUCCUUCAUCUUGCGGUCUGUAUCGGAGUUUCUGCACAAACCAGCCUCGGAAUCGAGUCUAAUUGCACUUCAUCUUGGAAGUGGUGCUUCCGUCUGUGCUAUACAGGACGGUAAAUCGAUAGAGACUACGAUGGGCCUCACCCCGCUCUCCGGACUUCCUGGCGCCACAAGGAGCGGAGAUAUCGAUGCAAGUCUUGUAUUUCACUAUACAUCAGAAGCCAGCAAGCUAAGUUCUUCAAGCACCAAGGAGAUGCAUAUCAGCAAGGCAUGUAUCACAAAUCCAUUUGAACUCGCUGAAGAGAUUCUCAACAAGAAGUCAGGCUGGAAGGCAUUGACCGGAACCACCGACUUCGCUAAGAUCGGAACGGACAAUCCACCAACUGAGUUGCACAGAUUGGCCUUUGACAUCUUUGUUGACCGUAUUGUUGGGUUUAUUGGCAAUUACUUCGUCAAGCUGGGUGGAAAGGUAGACGCUAUUAUCUUUGCAGGGGGUAUCGGCGAGCGAAGUGCGCUUCUAAGAAGUUGCAUAGCAGAAAAAUGCCGAUGUAUUGGAAUUGCUGUAGACAGCAAGGCGAAUUCCGCCGGUAUUCCCAGAAAGGAUCAAACCGUGGUAGACAUUUCUGAGAAAUCUGGUCAGCGACCUGCUGCUCUAAUUUGCCAGACGGAUGAAGCGUUUGAGAUGGCAUAUCGAUGCAUGAACAAGCCUCCCAGAGAGGAGCCAGCGCAUUUCUAG